UGUAUGUACGUCAUUGGGUGUACUACAUUAAAUUAUUGCAAUUUUUAAUUUAUUUUAUAAAUAUAACAUUCCAUUUUCAUAAUCAUUAGUUAAUAAAUGAUAUUAGGAAACAAAAAUGGUUAUGUGCACUGAACUAGCUUAAGUAAACUAUAAAAAAAAGUUUUAAAAGGUUCAUGCGAUGUACCUUGUUUUUGUGCAACUUUAAGGAACUGUGUUACAGCAUAUAUUUUAUUUUCUGCUAAAAUAUAACAGAGGAAGACAUGGACGCGGACAUGGAGGGGGCGGGCCGGAACAUGCUGGACGACAUGCCGCCCAUCAACUACGAGGCCCUGCAGGGCGACGUCGGUGCCGGCUGCAACGAUGUCGGAGACAUGACCUUUUGCAUGGGCAACUAUGUCUCCGACUUUAUGAAGAUGAUGUUCACCAUGCGCUCACACCACAUGCUCACAGACGUAGUGCUAGAGGUGGGCAGCGAGCUCUUUCACGUCCACAAAGUCGUUCUGGCCGCCGGCAGCCCCUAUUUCAAGGCAAUGUUCACAAGCGGACUGAAAGAGUGCGAGAUGUCACGCGUGCGGUUACAGGGCGUGUGCCCCUCGGCCAUGGCGUGGCUCGUGUACUUCAUGUACACGGGCAAGGUGCGCAUCACGGAGGUCACCGUGUGCCAGCUGCUGCCCGCCGCGACCAUGUUCCAGAUAUCGAACGUGAUCGAGGCGUGCUGCGCGUUCCUGGAGCGCCAGCUGGGCCCGUCCAACGCCAUCGGCAUCGCCAACUUCGCGGAGCAGCACUGCUGCACCGACCUCAAGCAGAAGGCCAACCAGUUCAUUGAGAGGCAUUUCACGGAGGUCUGCCAAGAGGAGGAAUUCCUUCAACUGACGCCGUCAGAGCUGAUAGCCCUGGUGCGGAAAGACGAGCUGAACGUGCGAGAAGAGUGCGAGGUCUACAAUGCCGUGCUUAGUUGGGUGAAACACGACGAAGACCGGCGACACCCGCGCAUGGAACACAUCCUCCAGGCGGUGCGCUGCCAGUACCUCACACCUAGCUUCCUCAAGGAGCAGAUGAGCUCGUGCUCUGUGCUGCAGAAAGUGCCCGCCUGUCGGGAGUACCUUGCGAGGAUAUUUCAGGAUCUGACAUUACACAAGAAGCCAGUGGUAAAGGAGCGGCGGCCGAACACGCCGCGCAUCAUCUACGUCGCCGGGGGCUACUACCGGCACUCCAUCGACGUGUUCGAGGCAUUUAACCUGGACGACGGCUGCUGGACCACGUUGCCGCGGCUCACCGUGCCGCGCUCGGGGCUCGGCGCGGCCUUUCUCAAGGGUCUGUUCUACGCGGUAGGCGGCCGGAACACGUCACCGGGGUCCUCGUACGACAGCGACUGGGUGGACGUGUACAACCCCGCCAACGAGCACUGGCGGCCCUGCAGCCCCAUGUCCACGCCCAGGCACAGGGUGGGAGUAGCGGUAAUGGACGGACUAUUGUACGCGGUCGGGGGAUCGGCGGGUUCGGAGUAUCACAAGUCUGUAGAAUGCUACGACCCCGAGAAAGACGUGUGGUCCUGGGUGGCGCCGAUGGCGUGCGCGCGGCUCGGGGUGGGCGUGGCCGUGGUGAACCGCCUGCUGUACGCCGUCGGCGGCUUCGACGGCGCCCGCCGCGUGGCCACGGCCGAGUGCUACCACCCCGAGAACAACCGCUGGUCCGAGAUCGCGCCCAUGCAGCAGGCGAGGAGCGGCGCCGGCGUGGCGGCGCUGGGGCAGUACAUCUACGUGGUGGGCGGCUACGACGGGUCUGCGCAGCUGGCGUCGGUGGAGCGCUACGACACGGAGCGCGACGCGUGGGAGCCCGCCGCGCCCGUGCGCCUCGCGCGCUCCGCGCUGUCGCUCACCGCGCUAGACAACCGGCUCUACGCCAUGGGCGGUUACGACGGCACAUCGUUCCUCGACAUCGUGGAAGUGUACGACCCGAGCACGGACACGUGGUCGCCGGGCACGCCGCUCACGUCGCUGCGCUCCGGGCACGCGUCGGCCGUGUGCCACCCGCGCGUGGCCGCCGCCGACCCGCCCGACCCCGCCACCCCCGCCACCCCCGCACGCCCAGCGCAGCCCGCCGCCAGCUCGCAAGACAUACCCAUGGCCAAUAACAUCAUAGGAACUUUAUCCAAUAAUAACUGUAGGGGAUGCUUAUAGCACCAGUGAAUAUGGGACUAGACGCGCGAGGCAGCUAACGAGCUAUUUGCACUCGGUGAACUAAAGGUACCGUGGCUUAAAAUAGCACAAUUUCAAAUCCCAAGUUAAGAGUGAGAAAGACUGCCAUAAAGACGGCCCCGUUUGAAAGGUGCGUAUCAGUGCAGUGAGUGCCGCGAGAAAUCUUACGGAUCAGAACCUUGAUCGGAUGAAACGAAAUUUCUCGGACUAUUACGUAUAUGUUACUAUGUGUGGUGUGGUUGAGAACUUGAAAAAGAUGUGUACAGGAAAUUGCCAUCCAAUUUAUACCUAUUAUAAUGAUAGAAAUUACAUAUGCGAAUUUUAUGUAAUUUUUUGGUCUCCGGAUGACACCGUACGCUACAUACAGCGUCAAAUUGUGUGAGAGAACACAACAUUUCCAUAAAAUGUGAUGCUGUACGCUGUCCAUAACGUAAUGCGUUCAUUUAAGACCAAGCCUAAGUUUUGUAGUCGGCGAUAAAAAAAGUAUAAGAAAUGACUUUGGAAGCAAUUCGAUAUUUAACAGUUCGUGAUAUUUCCAAUCUAAUGACAUAAGAGUCAAAACAAAACUUGGCAACGAUUUUGAUAGCACAAACUAUGAAAUUGACGUUUAAAAUAACACUGACAGUCUGUGUUAUCAAAAUCGCUGCCGAGUUAGCUUGGUCUGACUCUAGACGUAAUUUACCGUAUAUUUAUGUGCAUUCAUUAUCUGCGAGUUCUGCGACCUAAUGCGUGACAAUGACAAUGAAUACAAGUCGAAUUUGAACUAUAAAAAAUGUUUAUAGUCAAAUAUUACAAACUGUACCUACUGUUGUUAUAAGUGAAUGUGGACAGUUCGAUAUAUUUAUAUGUUCAAUGUGAUAAUGUAAAUAUGUAUAUUAUUUUUAAGGGCUCUUUGUAAGAAAAGCAAAGACUGUUAUGGGAAUAAAAGAUUGAA